UCCAGACUGUUGUGUACUCAUUUGUGACGAUCUGUUAUAGAGUCGUUUUCCAAGAUCAAGGAUGACUACCUCUCCAUUCGUUAUUUUUGGUUAUGGAUCCUUAAUAUGGAAGCCUCCUCCACAUUUCGCUUCAGAGGUUCCCGGCUUUAUCAAAGGUUACGUACGACGAUUCGCGCAUAGAUCGAGAGUUCAUCGAGGAACAUUUGAAAAUCCUGGAAGAGUCGUCACUCUUAUCCACAAAGAGGACUGGGAUAAUUUCUCGAAGCUAGAUCCAUUCCCCGAGGAUGAUGUCGUCUGGGGAGUUGCAUUUGUCAUAGACCCGUUGUUUGAAACAGAAGUUCGCGCUGAACUAGAUUAUCGAGAAAGAGAUGGAUAUAACAAGCAGACAGUAGACAUUUAUUCGAUAGAAAAUGGUGUAGAAAAGGUUGUUAUACCCGACGCAAUUUGCUACGUUAGCAAACGUGAUAAUCCGUCUUUCGUGGGAUCAGAGCCACUAGACGUCAUCGCUCAGCGAAUACUGCGCUCAGUUGGCCCUUCAGGACGGAACAAGGACUACUUGUACCAUCUCGCAGACUCGGUGCGGAAACUCGCUCCCGCGUCUUAUGACUCUCACUUAUUUGCCCUGGAGGCUCGGGUUCGAGAGCUUGAUGAGCUGGAAGAGAUCUAAAGGGAAAUAGCCAAGAAAACUAAAGAGCAGGUACAACAUACUAGAGCAUAGUUGUGAGAUACAUACCUGGCUGUACUAGUGUAAGCUAUGUUGCUUAUAUCUGGUGUAAGUACAUACCUAUCGAGCUCAGUCUAUUCAAGAGACGCGACAUGUCACGUGCUCUGAAAAUCAUUAUUUUCACCAUCUGUCGCG